CCUUAAUUGGUAGCUGACGGUACCUGAACCUGAUCCCUUGUUUGGUUCCUAGGAAAAUAAAGGGAAAAAAAUGACUCUACUUUCCUCAAUUCUUCACAGACGAAUCCCCUCCCAAAGAUCCCACCUUUACUCUAAAUUUUCAUGUUAUACCAGAGAAUUCUCCAACAGAGACACAACUAUACCGGUCAUGACUCGAAACAACUGCCGGUUCCAGUGCGGUCACCGGCCGGUCUAGUCUCUGCACUUUUCUCCGAUUCUCUUUUUUAAAAAGCAUCAACCAACUCCGGGUGAUACGCAACUGGAAGUUCCGGUUUCUCUGUUACUAAAACCGGUCCGCUUCCCCUAUUGACCGGAUCACCCGGUAAACCCGGAGCUGAUGAUAUCAUAAUAGUUCAACCAACCGGCUGCUAACCCUUGCCCUAACCCGUCUAUCCGGUUGAUAAAGUCUGGGUUUUUAUAACUUCCGUAACUCGGGUUCUCUUCUCCGCUGAACAAAACCUCCUUUAGCUUUCAAAUAGAAGACCCAAGUUGUUGUAAUAAUGGCAUCACCUGAUAUGGAACCAAUACCCAUAACAUCACAGAAACAUGACCCGGCAUGGAAACACUGUCUGAUGUAUAAGAACGGAGACAGGAUACAGUUAAAGUGUGUGUAUUGUGGGAAGAUGUUUAAAGGGGGUGGGAUUCAUAGGAUUAAGGAACACUUAGCUGGUCACAAGGGCAAUGCUUCGACUUGUUUACGUGUUCCACCUGAUGUUCGUCUUACAAUGCAAGAAAGUUUAGAUGGGGUUGUAGUCAAGAAGAGAAAGAAACAGAAGAUUGCGGAGGAGAUAACGAGUACUGCCUUAGUUGCUACUGAGACAGACACUUUUGGUAAUCAGUGUGAUAUUGAUGUUAAUACAGGGCUGCAAUUGAUUGGAGUUCCGAGCACGAUUGAGCCCACUUCUAGUUUAUUAGUUAACAAUGAAGGUACAGUUAAUAGUAGCGGAGAUAGGAGAAAGAGAGGGAGACCGAAACUUUCCUCAGUCAAUGCCAAUGAUGUUGUUGUUAAUGGUGUUGAGUAUGGUGCAAGAAGGAUGAGCAAUAAUAUUCAUAUGGCGAUAGGACGGUUUUUAUAUGAUAUUGGUGCACCUCUAGAUGCUGUGAACUCGGUGUAUUUCCAGCCAAUGGUUGAUGCCAUUGCGUCUGGAGGAGCAGAAGUCGUGCUGCCAACAAAUCAAGAUCUUCGGGGUUGGAUAUUGAAGAAUUCAGUUGAAGAAGUGAAGAAUGAUAUUGAGAAAUUGAAGGCUGGAUGGGGAAGAACUGGUUGUUCUAUUUUGGUUGAUCAAUGGAGCACUGAAAUGGGUAGAAUCUUGCUAAAUUUUUUGGUGUAUUGUCCUGAAGGAACAGUGUUUUUGAAAUCUGUAGAUGCAUCUGGGAUUAUAAAUUCCUCUGAUGCUCUCUAUGAAUUACUUAAGCAAGUCGUAGAAGAAGUUGAUGUGAGAAAUGUGCUGCAGGUAAUCACUAACAUUGAUGAGCAAUAUGUAGUUGCUGGAAGAAGAUUAACAGAAACUUUCCCUACACUAUACUGGACACCCUGUGCAUUUCACUGCCUAGAUUUGAUACUUGAGGAUUUUGCUAAACUGGAGUGGAUAAGUGCAAAUGAACAAGCUAGAUCCAUAUCAAGAUUUGUCUAUAAUCAUAGUGUGGUUUUGAAUAUGCUCAGAAGGUAUACAUUUGGAAAUGAUAUUGUAGAACUGGGACCUACUCGGUCUGCAACAAACUUUAUAACAUUGAACAGGAUGGUUUGUCUUAAACACAAUCUGCAGGCUAUGGCUACCUCACAAGAAUGGGUGGACUGCCCAUAUUCGAAGAAACCAGGGGGCUUGGAAAUGUUAGAUAUAGUCAGUAAUCAGUCAUUUUGGUCUUCUUGUAUCCUCAUUACCCAGUUAACAAAUCCUCUAUUACGAGUGUUGAGAAUAGUCAGCAGUGAGAAGAGACCUGCAAUUGGAUAUGUCUAUGCAGCAAUAUAUAGGGCAAAAGAAACUAUAAAGAAAGAACUCAUCAAGAGGGAUGAUUAUAUGGUGUACUGGAAUAUUAUUGAUCAUUGGUGGGAGCAACAAUGGCAUCAUCCUCUUCAUGGUGCAGGUUUUUUCCUUAACCCCAAGUUCUUUUAUAGCAUUGAAGGAGACAUUUAUGGUGAGAUCCAGUCUGGCAUGUUCGAUUGCAUUGAGAGAUUGGUUCCUGAUAUAAAAGUCCAAGAUAAAAUUACCAAAGAGAUGAAUUCUUAUAAGAAUGCCAUUGGAGAUUUUGGGAGAAAAAUGGCAGUUAGAGCAAGAGAUACUCUGCUUCCUGGUGGUAUGUCAGAUGUAAGUAAUAGGAUUUGCAUGUUCAUGAAAUGUGAUAAGAAAAAGGAGAAAGAAGGUGUUAAGCUUAAUCUGGAGGAGGAUGAAGUGGAAGAUAGUUUUCAUGUUGGAGUGAUUUUUACCUCUAUGAACUGGAUUGGAAUUUGCAUCCAGGAGCCUAUCAUUUUGCUGUUGCUUGCUUGA